UCCUGUAGACAUCACAAGAUGGUGGAGAUUCAACCUCUAUUACAAGUGGAAUAGAAAAUGAAAUUAAAAAGCCUGGAGCAAUUGGAAAAACAAAAAGGAAUUCCAUUAAACGAAAAGCGCAGAAUUUCAGCCAUGAAUCUGAUGAUGCCGUCAUUGAGCCACUCUUACAGAAAGAUAAAGAAAAGCCCGAAACUACAAAGCCAAGUGCCAAAUUUAACCUUUUGUCAAAAACUAAGACUGACGAUUUGAGUGAAAAAGGAACCGAUAAGGACAAACUAAUAACGAAUGACAAACUGCAGAAGUCAGGUAUAUCGAAUACUUCUGAUAUCACUGACAAAAUAUUAUCUUCUUCUAAUUCGAAAGAAAACAAUAUACCUAAAAUAACAAGUGCCAAUGCUCCUUUACAUAAUCACAUGAAUACCAACGUAUUUGGUUCACCUGAUGGCUUAAAAGGAUUUGUUGCACCAAAAAGCCAAAUUUUAGUAGAGAUUGAUGGUUGUAAACAGGUCGGCUAUAAUCCAAGUCCAUUAAUAUUCACAACAGCGAAAAUACAUACUGAUGGAAAAACAAAACACAUGGAACCGGUUCAAGUAACUCCAGUACCAAUUCUGUCAACGAUUGAAGUGAGUGUCUUGAAAAGUGGAGGCACUGCAUCUGAAAACUCUGGUCAAGUAAGCUCCAAUAUCAGUACAGUAUAUGCGAUCCCUCAUAGUAGCAAAAAUAUAAUAGAACCAACCUACAAAGCCGUUAAUAAUAUACCAACGACACAAAAUAAAGCAGUUAUUGACAACAAGAUCUCUAGUAUAAUAAGCACUGAAUUAGAUAAGACCUCAAAAGUAUUAUCAUCUAGCAAAGAAGUAAAACCAACACCAUCUAAAGUAUCUCCUACCGGAAUACCAGAUAAUACGUCGGGGAAUAAAAGCUUUACUAAAGAAAAUAAAUCAGAGAAAGAUGAGAAACAUAUAAAACCACCUAUAUCACAGGUUGGUAAUUAUAGUGAUGUCAAAGCUAUAUCGGUUGCUACGACGAAAUCUGUCCCAACUAAUAAUUCUAUGAAAGAUAGUGGAGUGUUUGAUAAAACUAAAGAUAAGUUAGAAACACUUCGGCAAUCUGAACAUAAAAUUGAUUCGAUUAAGACUGCUAAACUAGAAAGCACCGACUCACAAAAAAACAAAGAACGUGAUGACAUUAAGACAAGUAAGGACAAAAUUAAAGAAACUUCAAAUACUUCCACUAGUAACAGGCAAUUGCAGCGCCAAAGUAUCAUAGACAAGGAAGAUAUGAUAUCGAAUAUAAAACCAGCUAACGAUUUCAAAAGCACAAUUAAAUCAGUUGAUACUCAAAAGAAUAAAUCAGCAGAUAGUCAAAAGUCCUCUAAAAUUGAAACCAGUGACAAAACUAAAUUGCCAAAGCUCAGUGCCAAUAGUAUUCCAGUUACUAAUGUACCAAAUAAUAACAACACUAAUACUAAUAUAGCACCUACUUUAUCCACAAAUGUAAAUAAAAAUGUUAGUGCCAAUAAAUCAUCAAUUCCUUCAUCUGUUGUAAAAUCACCUAAUCCAACAACUAAAAACUUGUCGGAAGGUAAAUCACCCGCUACAAUAACUACAACUUCAUCUGCUGGCAAAAUAUCUACUUCAGCAACUACCCCGUUAACUACCAAUAAAACGAUGAUAUCAACAAUGAGUUCGUCGGAUGCAACUGUAUCGACAAUCAAUAAAAAUAUGUUUACUCCUGUCUCUACAACCGCUCCUGUAAAAAAGACAUCUGUCCCCAGCACCACAGUUUCGUUGACCAAUAAAACAGUGCCUGCAUCGAUGACAGCAGCUUCUAAUAAAGUUACCGUUCCGUCAACUAUAAAGACAGACAAUAAAUCAGCUAUUGCAUCCACAGCUAUAACUAACGCUCCGAGUAACAAGACAUCUCAGUCAAUAACAUCUUCAGGAGCAAAUAAGGGAUAUAAUCCUAUAGUUACUACAUCAACGGUUAAAAUGACUUCAGGGCCUCAUACCACGACGACAGUCGACAAAACCACCACAUCGAAUUCAAUUUCAUCAGCCAAAUCUAUUACUUCGAACACUGCUUUAGCAAAACCGACUGCUACAAAUGCGUCUUCAGUUUCAAAAACUUUAAAUACUGAAAAAUCAUCUGUUACUGCUACUUCUGGAAACAUCAAACCAGAGGUAACGAAAGCAAGCUCCCUUGUUAAAUCACAAGAAACAAGUAUUCAAUCCAAACCUACGAGUUCAGUAACUACUACGAAACCAUCAAAAAAUUCAUCAUCUGUAACUCCUGUAACCACUUCUCAAAGGAUUGAUACAACUAAAUCACAGAAUACAAUAACGACAGCGAAACCGGUAUCAAGUAAAACAAUUCCACAGACCAUAGUAGAUAAAUCAACAGACGUCGCACCAAAGAGCUCGACAAGCAACGAAAAACCUUUAUCAGUAAAAAGUAGUGGCACAUCAACAACUUUAGCUACAACGAGUGGAGUGUCAAACGUUACAGUCACUGCUGCUGCAACUUCUUCUACCUUGGCUUCUUCUGGAUCAUCAUCGAAAACUACCGAAGGAAAUAAACAAAAUGAAUCAAAGUCGAAAGAAUUAAGUAAUGGUAGCAAAAGUUUAAAAGCUUAA